AUGGGCUUAGGUCAAGAUUACGCCCUGGGGACUCCACUGGCAGGACUGAUGCCUCCUAAAUACUUCUCUAAAGUAUACGAGGCAGAGUUGCACCGUCUUUGCCCCAGUGUCAAUGGCCUGAGAGCUCGGGGUUCGAGUCAGAGAGGCAGCCCCGGGGACUUCCUGGAGGAGGAGGCGGAGGGCAGGGCAAAGGGGGUGGGGCCAGGGCCCUCGGGGUUCCCCGGGGUCGAGGACUCUGGCCCUGGGUGGGGCGGGCAGGAGGCCGCGCACCUCCAGGGCUGGACCCCGCUGCCCACCGCGGGCCCUUGGCCUCCACCCCGGGUCCUGAGCCCCCAUCCCGGGCCCCCACCCCCUCGCCGGGUGUCCCGGAGGCGCCGAGGGGACACCGUCACCGUGCUGGUCUUGGCCUUGAUCGUGUUUGCCUGCAUCUUCGGGGAGGGCUACAGCAACACCCACGAAUCCAAGCAGCGUUACUGCGUCUUCAACCACAACGAGGACGCCUGCCGCUACGGUGGGGCCAUAGGCGUGCUGGCCUUCCUGGCCUGCGCCGCCUUCUUCGUGGUGGAUGCCUACUUCCCCCAGAUCAGCAACGCGACUGACCGCAAGUACCUGGUCGUCGGGGACCUGCUCUUCUCAGCUCUGUGGACCUUCCUGUGGUUUGUUGGUUUCUGCUUCCUCACCAACCAGUGGGCAGCCACCAACCCCCAGGACGUGCUGGUGGGCGCUGACUCGGCCCGCGCUGCCAUCACCUUCAGCUUCUUCUCCAUCUUCUCCUGGGGUGCGCUGGCCUCGCUGGCCUACCAGCGCUACAAGGCCGGCGUGGACUUUAUUCAGAACUAUGUGGACCCCACUCCCGACCCCAGCACAGCCUAUGCCGCCUACCCUGGGACCUCUGUGGACACCUACCAGCAGCCACCCUUCACCCAGAGUCCAGAGAACACCGAGGGCUACCAGCCACCCCCUGUGUACUAA